AUGUUUGCUGUUCCUGGGUGGUCUAUAUCUGCCGACAGCCUCAAAGCUGAAACGGCGAGCCCCAGCGACGGGGCUGCGCCUGGCAAGAAGCGCAAGAGAGCCGGCCGUCCUCGAGACGAGGCCGUCAAUGCAGAUAAUGUCACACAGCUCUACGAGUCCGUUGUGGAGGGAAAGAACCCCAAUGCGCCAAAGAAAGACAAGUCAACCAAACGUCAAAAGAAGAACGGUGCCACAGGGGAUGAUGCACAGCCGAAUGAUAAUGAAGGGGGGAAGGGGACUAAGCUGAAGCAGGAGCCGCAAGGUGACAGUAAGAAAGCAAAGGAUGCAAGAGAUCAGAAGAAGAAAAAGAAGAGCAAGCAUGAGAAUCAUGUCGCUGAAUGUGUGGAUAACGAUUCACCAGCUGCCGUCGAUGCUAAGGAGCAAAAGGCGGCUGCCAUCCCUACACAACUGCCGCCAGCACCACCCAAGCUCACGCCUCUGCAAGCAGCCAUGCGAGAGAAGCUUAUUUCUGCUCGUUUCCGACAUCUAAAUGAGACACUAUAUACCAAACCAUCGGAGGAGUCCUUCUCAUUGUUCCAGGAUUCCCCAGAAAUGUUCGACGAAUAUCACGAGGGCUUCCGUCGUCAAGUCAAGGUGUGGCCAGAAAACCCUGUUGACAGCUUUCUCAAAGACAUACGCAGUCGUGGCAAGAUCCGCCAACCAUUCAAGGGCAAGCCCGGUGCUCACCCAUCAUCGCUCGCCACCUCGCCUCUUCCUCGCACAGGAGGCACCUGCACCAUCGCGGACUUGGGCUGCGGCGACGCCGCCCUCGCGCAGUCCCUCGAGGCGGACAAGGGCAAGAUGCGCAUCGACGUCAAGAGCUACGACCUGCAGAGCCCCCACGCGCUCGUGACCAAGGCCGACAUCGCCAACCUGCCGCUCGAGGAGGGCUCCGUCAACGUCGCCAUCUUCUGCCUCGCCCUCAUGGGCACCAACUGGAUCGACUUCAUCGAGGAGGCAUUCCGCAUCCUCCACUGGAAGGGCGAGCUCUGGGUCGCCGAGAUCAAGAGCCGCUUCGGCCCCGUGCGGAACAAGCACGCGCCUGUGGAGCACAGCGUCGGCAACCGCAAGAAGGUCGGCAAGAAGGGCAAGGGCGGCGGCGGCGGUGCCGACGCGGCUGAUCCUAUGGACCUCGCCGUCGAGGUGGACGGCGCCGAGGACAACCGCAAGGCCACUGACGUGUCCGCCUUUGUCGACGCGCUUCAGAAGCGGGGCUUCGUCCUCAACGGUGAGCGCUCCGAGGCCGUCGACCUCUCCAACAAGAUGUUUGUCAAGAUGCGCUUCAUCAAGGGCGCGACGCCGACCAAAGGCCGCGCCGCCAAGGCGCCAGAGCCUGGCAGGGGGAAAAAGCCAUCGUUUGCGCCAAAGAUUGCGGACGAGGGGGAUAAAGGUAUCGAUGAAACGGCGAUCCUGAAACCUUGCGUGUACAAAAUUCGAUAG